CCCAGGAGAAAGGCCUCUGGUUUCUUCAAGAGGGUCUAUUUAAAUACCUUUUUCAUUUCAUUAUGAAUAAUCUCCCAAAGUGUCUUAAUCCUUGGGCAUGUCCACCAAAGGUGAACUCUAAUCCUCAAAUUCGUCUGUUUUUCUUUAAGUUCAGUCGUAGCAAGCGUCAACUUACGUUCAUCAAAUUGCCUCUGGAGGGCUGGGGCUCUCUUUCUCUUUCUCUCCAGUUGUGUUACUUUACAUUCAACAACAGCUUUUUCCCUGGCUUCCUCCGCAGUUUGCCGUAUCAAAGUAGGUUCCUGUAUCAAUUUCUGGGUGGUUUCUGUAUUGGUAUUGUUUAUACUUUCUGUAAUUAAGUUAAUUUUAAUAGUUGAAACAUCCACUUUCGCAUUUAUCGUGUCCAUUUUCCUGUUAAGCUGAUCCAAUGAGUCAUUUAUCUUAUAUAAUGCAGCCACUAAAGCCUCUUCUGUCGACAUUCCUCUUGGUUUUAAAUAUACUGGUACAAAGGCUGCAACAGAAGGAGCAGGAAAGCCUGAUGAUGGACCUCUCCUGGAUUGUUGCCAAGUCCUUCCAGACCUUAAUGUUUUGUCAGCAGUUGACUGGUCUGUUUUUCCUCUUCCAUUUACCAUAACACUUAAAAGAUUCAAGGUCAGUCCCAGAGUCUCACGGUUUUUAACUUGCAGCUGGAAAUUUCCCUAGCCCAGCUCUUGUAACGCAACCAGUUUCAAAAGCUUCCACUAGGGGGAAACAGUUUCUAUUUGUAAUAGUCAAUAGUAUCCUCUUUUAAACAAUCCAAUAUUAGUUUCAAAUUAGUUUCAAUUUUCAGUUACUUUUCCUCCUUUUUAAAGCAGCCGGAGACAGUAGAAACAAUGUAUUUCUCUUGUUUAGCUAGCUGUCAAUGAACGUUCUAAACGCUGUCAAUGAACAUUCCAAAAGAUGUCAGUCCUACUAGCAGCCCGUUUCCAGGGUCAGAGCGGCGGUGUUUUAAAUCUCUUCGCUCUCUCCCGCAGGCAUACUCAAUCCACAACUUCCCCCUCUCUUCUCCUGCCUCCAAGAGGGGAUUUAAUGUUCUGUACCGAUGGAAAUUUAAUCUUUUAUGAAAGACUUUCCAGGACUCCAGCUUGUAACUUCAUUGCCUCAGUCUAUUUACAAAAGGGAAGGCGGACUUCCUGUUUUGAGCCUCCCCGUUACGAUACCAAAUUAAACAUUUAGAAAUCCAAUUAUUCCGCUUCAGCUCUACUCACGGGUAAUUACUUUAAAGUCCAAUUGUCCACAGGAAAAGGUCAGCGCUCUCUGGCAACAGCUAUGCGGCUUCGCUCCGUGGAAGAAGCAGACGAUUCGAUGCACCACGCUGCUCACCCCACGUCGCUCCGGAGCCCCAAAAACCGGGGUUCCCCGCGAGUGGGGGAGGCGCAAAAGGUGCCCACCGAAUCCCACGUUCACAGGCUUCUCCCGCCUGUGAUUUUAACGGGUCUCCGCCUUCGCCGUGGCAGCCAGACCCAGAUUUUCACGGAGCAGAUUCCUCCCGGUCAGAGGAAUUCCGCCAUAACCGGAGGCACCUCCCCGGAAGUCCUAGACUCUUAUGCCUCUAUGGAAUCAGCACUGAAUUUUAUUUGAUAACAAAUCAGAUAGAAAGAACAAGAGAUCACUUUGCCAGUUAGUGGUUUGAGUUUUUAAAUAGACCUUCUCUUCCCACCACCACGCUGUGUACGACACAUAAAUGCGUACCUUCCUUUUAUAAUUUUGAGUGCACUGGGUCAUGAUUACUCCUUGAGAAGAUUAUUAGGAAAAUACUUUGAGAAUUUUCUUAGUAGUUGAACAGACUGCAAUAUUCCAAGAAUAGCUUCUUACCUCUGCAUCAUUCCAAGAUAGGGGAUUCUCAAAUAAUGCAUAGCAACUUCCACCAAAGAACAUCCAUUUCUUUGGGCAGGGACUUGCUUCUGCGCCUGCUAGAGGAGAGAAAAUCUUGGUGAGGGGGUGUAGCAAAGUCAUGCCCUUAACUGUAAUUUAAAUACAAUCAACGAAUUUCAACUACACUUAGAAUCAUAGGAUCAUAGAACUGUAGAAUUGGAAGGGGCCCAAUAGUCCAACACUUUGCAAAGCAGGAAUCACAACUGAAGAACAUCAACCAAACUCUGUUUAAAACUUCCAAUGAAGGAAAGUCCACCAGCUUCUGAGGGAAUCCAUUCCUCUGUCGAAUACAGAGUUGUCAUACAACCUGAAUUUCCUGGACAUAUCUGGAACACUGCAGUUGGUAGCAGUGUCCGGGCAAAAAUUGUCAAAAUUUCGGGGGGGAAUUUGGACGUUUGGCAACCCAUGUUGGCAGUGUCGUUUUCAUCAGCUUUCCAUAAAAAUAGCUCAAAAACGUCAAUUAUCGAUGUGAUUUUGCCCAAAGCUUUCCAUAAAAAUAGCUCAAAAAUGUAAAUUAUCUAUGUGAUUUUGCAAAAUAAGCUCAGCAACUUGGGGCAAACAGCAACAACAACAGCUCAACAACUUUCUGUCUGGAUUUUCACUGUUUGAAAUAUGGCAACCCUACUCGAACAGCUCUUGCUGUCCGAAAGUUAACCCUGAUGUUUAGUUGGAAUCUCCUGUCAUUGGUUUGACUCCCACCCUCUGGAACGGCAGAAGACAAGUGUGCUCCAUCUUCCUUGUGUCAGUCCUUUAGAUAGUUGAAGAUGGUUAUAUUUAAACAUUUAUACUGAGUUAUUUGUGUUGAAUUGCUUGCUUGAGUGAAUGAUUAAUUACAAAGUAGAAAAUGCAAUCCUAUACAAGCUGAGUUCAAUAGGUUUACCCCCUUAAACUGCAAUCCUGUAACACCUAAUUCACCUAUGGGCUUAUCCACAUUGGAACAAAAUAUGGACCCCACCACAGUGUUGGGCCAAAUCUUUUCCAUUUCACAUAGAGUGGUGUUGAUGGUGUUCUUAUCUGGAUUUUCCAAAAAUCGACCUCUCCUCACUGCAUUUAAAAGGGGAAGGUCCAGGACAGCACUGGGGUGAGGAAAACAUCAUGUGGACAUCUCUACAUCAAUGGUGAGACCUCCACAUUUUCCUCCAGUGUGGACGUGCCAUGUAUAUAAAAUAUAACUUCUUGUGGGGAAGAGUAGGUCAGAAUUCAGAUACAGAUUUGCUCAACGCUGUGUGCGGAGUUCUUUGUGUGACAUCACACAGGGUGUGAUGACUAUAAUGCAGCGGCUAUAGAUACAGGCAAAGACUAAUUUGGGAAGAGGAGUCAAGAAGCACCUGAAGGAGGUGGUAGGCAUGAGGACAAUUGGACUCUGUCAUCCUUGAUCCCCAGUAGAUUGUACUCAGGACAUGUUCUACUGGUCCUGGAUAGUCAUUGAUAGUCUGUUCCUCCAUGAGAAAAGUGAUUUGGGGAAAACAAAGCCAGAAGGACUUCUUUGUUACGGGAAGACCUUGUGUCUGUGGUGUGUCUGGGAGAGAAGUGUUUUUACUAUUACCUGCCACCUGAUCCUCAUUUUAACUGGAGAUAUUGUGGGUCCAGCGUAGGACCUUUACCAUGCAUAAUCUAUGCUCCACCACUAAGUGAUGGCUCCACCACUGCAUACCAGCAGGAAGGAACCCCCGCUGCACCUCAGUGCCAAGCCAUCCUGUUUCAUCUUGGCUUGCCUCAUCUGAAAGAGAAAUUGAGGAGUCCAGCUUGGAUGUACCUUGCAGGAGAAAGGUGAUGACCAGGAGUUCAGAAAGGAAGGAAGCGACUGGCCCCAUCUGUACUUGCAGAGAGAAGAAGAAGAUGAUAAAGGAAUACAUAGAGACACUCGCUCUCCAGUAGACUAAGUUUCCUAUCUUUUAUCCAAUUCCCCACCCUAUAAGAAAAUACUUAUUUUCCUGGGAGUUGACAUGACUCUGUUGUAGUCAAGUUUAUUACUCUUUAUUUAUUGGCUUUAUAUGCCACUUUCUUUCCUCUGAGGAGCUCCAGACGCUGUUCAUAGUUCUUCAUCUCCCCAUUUCACCCUCAUAACAAACCUGAGAGGUUGGUUAGGCAGAGAAGGAGGGACUGGCCCGAGAUCACCCAAUGAGCUUCCAGGCUGAGUGGGGAUUCAAAAACUCUGGUCUCACAGGUCCAAGUCCAACCACUUUGCCAAGCUGGCUCUCUCAAGCUGGGAUAUCAGGGCUCAGGUGGACCUUAAGGUAUCCUCAUUGUCCCAAAAUAUUUUAGUUUCCUCCCCACCUCCCUUUUUCCUCUGAAAAUGUUUUUCUUUCAUUUUUACCUAAACCGGUUUCCUGUUUGGAUUUUCCUGGAUCCUAUUCCCUGGAUACUAGAUUGAUCACUAGCAAAAAAAAAAAUCACUAGCUUCUGAGACUCCAGGAUCCUGAUUCCUGGAAUGUCUCUCUGGGUUGGCAGUGGGGAUCAUGUAGUAAGCUUAAACUAGAGGGCUGGUGAAAUUUAGGUGGUUGAAAUAUAGGAUUCAAAGAAUUAUAGAGUUCUAGAGCUGCAACAGGACUCCAAGGGUCGUCUAGCUAGCUCAACUCCCUGCGAAACAGAAACCACAGCUAAAUAUUUCCUGACAGAUCCAAUCUGUUUAGGGAAGUUUUUAAUGUCUGAUGUUUCAUUGUAUUUUUCAUAUCUUGUUGGAAACUGCCCAGACUGGCUGGGGAAACCCAGCCAGAUGGGUGGGCUGUAAAUAAUAAUAAUCAUCAUCAUCAUCUCUGUUUAAAAACCUCCAGUGGAGGAGAAUCUACCUUUCAACUGUAUAUGCAGCACUGGAUCCGAGCUGAAACAAAGCUGGAAAAAAGGCUUCAAACAUAUUCGCCUAAUACAGUACAUCUCUCCCUCUCUCCCUCUCUCCCUCUCUCUCUCUCUCUCUCUCUCCCUACCCUAGAUUAAAAAAAUCUAAUUGAUGGUCCAGAGAUGUUUGCUUUUCCAAUGACAGUUUGGUAUUUUCCUUUUCUCAUUUGAAAAGAAUGUGUUUUAUUAACUCUUAAUUUCUUUGCCAUGAAAUAUAACAUCAACGUUUGAGAUUUAAUGUUUGUGACUGUGUUGAAUGCACCCGCUCCCCAGCUGAAACACCUCCCCAGCUUUGAAAUCUGCCAACUUUUGGCUUCAUCUCUGCAAUGGCACUGUGAUCUAAACCCCUGAGCCUCUUGGGCUUGCCAAUCAGAAGGUUGGCGGUUCGAAUCCCCGCGACGGAGUGAGCUCCCGUUGCUCUGUCCCAGCUCCUGCCAACCUAGCAGUUCAAAAGCACACCAGUGCAAGUAGAUAAAUAGGUACUGCUGUGGUGGGAAGGUAAACGGCGUUCCUGUGCGCUCUGGUUUCCGUCACAGUGUACCAUUGCACCAGAAGCGGUUUAGUCCUGCUGGCCACAUGACCCAGAACACUGUCUGUGGACAAACAUUGGCUCCCUCGGCCUGAAAGCGAGAUGAGCGCCGCAACCCCAUAGUCACCUUUGACUGGACUUAACCGUCCAGGAGUCCUUUACCUUUUUUUUAAAAAAACCCCUUUAGUUCCACUUCAAAACUGCUGUGAGAAUCUGGUGCCACUGAACACCACUCCAAGGACUGGGCAAAAAAAUAGCAAUCUAGGAAAGCUACUCACUUUUCUGUCUGUCGUUCUCUGCUUCAGUUGCUGAAAAUCAUGGCAACUUUAACUUCUUCUGUUUGUGAUCGUUUCAGAGGAUUUAUAGAUAAUAUUGUGGAGGGUAUGGGGGUGUCAUAUUCAUUAUGAGUUUGUAAUAAUCGGACAGAUGCACUCAACCCAAAAGCACACCCAGACCACUUUCCUUUGAAAGCUCUAUGGAUGAGCAGCCGUCCAGGCAGCAGAAAUUUCAGGAAAUAUAAUAUUAGAAAAUAAUGAAGAAACAAUUGGACCAGGGUCUGGGAGAGCCCAUGUUUCAAAUCCCCACUCAGCCAUGAAGCUCAGUGGGUGACUUUGGGCCAGUAAUUGUCCAUGAAAUGAAUCUGAAUCAAGACCGGCCACUGAGGUUUUAGGCAGCUGCUUAGAGGCAACACUGGGUUGAAUGAAGGCCAAAGACUGGAACUGAAUCUAGAGAAGGCUGCAAACCUUACUCUGCAUUGUGUCAAAAUUCUCAUUUAUUGGCGUGUGUUUAUCUGAUUCAGAAAGUCAGCAAUCCAUUUUUGCUAUCUGUACUGGCGUUAUGUACCAUCUAUACAUCAUUUUCAUAUAAUUUUCUUUCGAAAGAGAGCAAUCUGUAAAUUUUAAGUCUGUUUUCCACAGUUUUUCCCAGUCUUCAAAUUGUAUGUUAUGGCCUAUAUCUUGUGCCCAUUUGAUCAUGACCUAUUUCACCUCUCAUCUUUUGUUUCCCAUUCUAGAAGAAUACUAUAUGCACCCUUCAGCAACUUCACCUUCCCUUCUAUGACUUCCUUUUGAAAUCUAGAAGUGGUGUAACUAAAUUCUUUCUUCUUGUCUUCUUUAUACAUUUCAUGUUGCUGCCUAUAAUGUAGCCAACUCUGAAAAUGGUCUUUUAUUACCUCAUAUUCUUUUAAAUUCAUUUUUCCUUCUUGAUCUUUUAAUAAAUCACUGUAUGUAAGCCACUUCCCUUUCUUGCCAAGUGGUUUGAGCAAUAAAGCUUCAAUUGGUGAGAGCCAUCAAAGUGUCUUUGGUUCUAUCAAAUCUUUAUAUCUCUCCCAAACCCUCAUAAGGUAAAGGUAAAGGGACCCCUGACCAUUAGGUCCAGUCGUGGCCGACUCUGGGGUUGCGGUACUCAUCUUGCUUUAUUGGCUGAGGGAGCCGGUGUACAGCUUCCGGGUCAUGUGGCCAGCAUGACUAAGCCGCUUCUGGCGAACCAGAGCAGCGCACGGAAACGCCAUUUACCUUCCCGUCGGAGCAGUACCUAUUUAUCUACUUGCACUUUUGUGCUUUCGAACUGCUAGGUUGGCAGGAGCAGGGACUGAGCAACGGGAGCUCACCCUGUCGCGGGGAUUCGAACCGCUGCUCUUCUGAUCGGCAAGUCCUAGGCUCUGUGGUUUAACCCAAAGCUCCACCCGCAUCCCAAACCCUCAUUAAUGAUUUCCUAAUUAUAUGAUUGUAGAAUCCUUUAUGCACUUUUCCUUUCCCAUACCAUAAAUAUGCAUGCCAUCCAAAACUGUUAUUGUGACCUUCUAAGUCCAAUGCUUCUUCCUUUUCCAGUUUUAUCCAGUCCCUGAUCCAUACAGCAAUCCAAUUCAUUUAUUUUCAUACAGUUGUUUUAUAUUGAGAGUGCACCUGAGAAACUAAACUCGUGGGUUAUUUUGGGUGGCCUACUUGUGUGAGGCCUAUGAGUGUCUUAGAGUAUGAAUGGAGAUAUGUAUGUUUUGAGUGUGAGUAAAACCAGAUGGUAUGUGACUCUGAAGAUAAAGAGAUUGUUUGAGUCUGAAGAUAAAGAAAGAGGGACUGUUGAUCCAGCUAAUGGAGUGUACAAAACAGUAUGGAUAAGCAGGAUGUACCAGAUGUUUGGAUGAGUUGAGGACAUGUUGAGACAAAUAACUGUUCACAAAGGACAUGCUGAGACAAAGAACUAUUCACAAAGAUAAUAUGAGGAAUCAGCGUGACGAAAGCUAUGCUAAGACUUAUACAUAGUGAAUCUAUAUAAAGGCUGAAAAAUCCCUGGCACAGCGCAUUGCUAUCCUACUGAACAGGAGGCCGUAUGAAGACUCUUAAAAGAGAUUGAUCACCUCUUUUAGUGAGUCUGCCCAUCUGGUGAGCAUGAAUGAGAGGAGCGGAUGAGUUCUUAUUAGUUUGUUGUUGUUGUUGUUUAGUCGUGUCCGACUCUUCGUGACCCCCUGGACCAGAGCACGCCAGGCACUCCUGUCUUCCACUGCCUCCCGCAGUUUGGUCAAACUCAUGCUGGUGGCUUUGAGAACACUAUCCAGCCAUCUUGUCCUCUGUCGUCCCCUUCUCCUUGCGCCCUCCAUCUUUCCCAACAUCAGGGUCUUUUCCAGGGAGUCUUCUCUUCUCAUGAGGUGGCCAAAGUAUUGGAGCCUCAGCUUCACAAUCUGUCCUUCCAGUGAGCACUCAGGGCUGAUUUCCUUCAGAAUGGAGAGGUUUGAUCUUCUUGCAGUCCAUGGGACUCUCAAGAGUCUCCUCCAGCACCAGGACUUCCGGUUGAGCGCGAUCCCGUCGCAAGCGGGCAUUUUUCCCAGUGAAGAAUCCCGGGUUUUUUUUUUACCGGCCGCCAGGUAACUCCCAGUAGGAGCGAAGAGUGCGGCGGGGGGGAGAAGCGGGCUGAAGGGAAGCCAUAGCUACCUCCGGAAAACGAAGCCCCGAGCUUGCAGGGGAAGCGCUUAAUUCUCGAACGCAAGGAAUUCGACCCCAAAUUGAUUUUAAAAAGUGGAUUGCAACAUCAAGAAGGAUUCGGAUACGAAAUAAAUAAAUACAGAGGUCAGCCGUCAUCUGCAAUCAGCUUAGACGCAUCAUACAAGCAAAGCUGGAGAAAGGGAAGUGAGUUGCCGCUAGCGACUAUUGUCCCCCCCCCCCGUUUGACUGACAAAGAAAUAACUUUUAAAGAGGAUACUGAAUAACUUAAGGAGGAACAAAGUUAAAAGGGGGGACAGAGGGACUAAAAUUGGAAUUUGAAGGUCCUCUUUGUAACUGUGAGAGAAAAGAAAAGGGAAAACGUUUCCAGUUUCACUUUUUAAAAAACUGUGCAACGGAAGAAGAGCUUCCGACUCCAUUGUUUCUUUUUACGGACGGAGACAAUCGUGAAAAGGAUCUUUUUUCGAUUUAUUUUAGGUAUUUCUGCAUAUCCUUUUUUUGGGGGGGGGUAUUAUUUAGAUGGACUUAUUUCAUUUUUUUCAUUGGCCACUGCCACCUUUGGGGUUUUUUUCUCUUAGAAAAACUCUAAGUAAAGUUUGACUUAUAGACUCCUUGCUUAAUUUUUUGAGUCUGGGCCCCCGGUGGUCAGAAGAGAAAUUACAACUUGUUUUUCUCACUUGUUUUUCCUGUUCUCUUUGGUUUGGUGUAUUUUUUUUUUUUUACCCUUCAGAAGGGGUUGGGCUUUUCUGUUUUUUUUCCCCUUUUCCUCAUUACCGGGCUUUUGCGGAGUAUUUGCUUGGAUCUUCUUCAUUUGGAUAUAAGUGUAAGGAUUAUAUUACCCUUUAUUUGGAUAUAAACAUUUGGAUAUUAUUUUUUAUGUGGAGACCACUUUUUAAAUUUUUAAAUCUUCUUUGGUAUAAUUAAGAGGCUAAAGUGGAUUAUAAAACUAAAUUGGAUUAUAAAUCUAAACUGGAUUACAAUUUGAAUUACAACCUGAUUAUAAAGGUUUCGAAAGGAAUAGCCUAAUUGGUGGCAGAAGAUUCUAAACUUUAAACUUUGAUUUUUAGAAGUAGAAUAAACUUUUUUUUGGCGGCACAGCUGGAACAAAACUGGAUUAAAAAUUUGAUUAUAAAUGGAGUACUAAGAUUUCAAAAGGAAUAACCUAAUUGGUGGCAAGAAGAACAUAUUCAUUUGGUUUGGAUUUUAAGUUUUCACUUUUUCUAAGUUUAAGGAUCCGACUGGGCCGAAGAUAAUUGGACAUUAAAGUGAAGAUUUGAAAUUAGAAUUAAUAAAGGACUAAAUUACAAAUUUAAAAAGAUAUUGAAUACCAAACUUGAAGUUAAUUGGAUAUAUUUAUACCUUGGGCAAGGUUUAUAUAAGGUUGUGUAGUAAGUGGUGGUGAGAAUUUAUUUUCAUAAAUUCAAUUUGGAUUAUUAUGUGAGAAGUGUUUAAAGCAUAUUUGUGGAAAUGUCUCAUCAACCGAAGAAAGGAGGAGAGGGGGGAACACCAGCAGAUAGAAGAGGAUCAAAACAAGAAUCAGACUUCAAGGGAGAAAUAUUAAAAAUGUUUGCAGAAAUCAGGCAAAGUUAAAAGAACUUAGAAGAAAAAUUAGAACAAGUGGAUACGAGAAUUGGAAAAAUGGAUAAAAAAUUUGAUGAGACAGUAAACGAGCUGAAAGGUCAAAUUAAAGAGGUAUCUAGAAGAACACAAUCCCUAGAGGAAGGGAUGAAGAAGACAAGAACUGAAAUGAAGGAAGUGAAGCGUGAGGAAGAGAAAAUCAAAGUGGGACUAUCAGAAAUCAGCAAGUCACAGGAGGAGAUAUGGGAUGCAAUUGCCAUGAACGAAUUGAGGCAGAGGGAAGUGAACCUCAGGCUGAGAGCUGUGCCUGAGGUUCAAGGAGAGAACAUUAGAGAUAAAUUAAUAACAGAGAUAGCACAAUGGUUAGAGUUACAAAAUGAAGAGGUUGCGAGAACAGUGCAAAAUGGAUUUAGGAUGAGAGUAAGAACAACAAAGUCAAGGAAAGUUCCAGGAGAUUGCCUAAUUACUUUUAAAGAUAGAGAAAUGAGAAAUUUGAUACUUCAAAAAAAUAAAGAAAAAAGACUAAAUAUCGAUGGGAACUAUAUAAUCAUCUUUAAAGACAUCCCAAUUAGAUUGUUGAAAUGAAGAGACCCAUAUAAACCACUGGUGCAAAUUCUUAAGAAGAACAAGAUUGAAUUUAAAUGGGAAUUCCCACAGGGGAUUUCCUUUUUUUAUAAAAGCACGAAGCACAGACUUACUAGCCCUGAGGAAGUGGGUAAAUUCCAGAGAAGAUACAAGGAAUUAACAGAAGAAGAGGAAGAAGUAAAAGGAGCAGUUGGAGGAGUAGAUCCCCUAGGGGGUAAGCCUUUGGAAGAGAAGGAGGAGGAAAACGGGGAAAAGACGGACGAGGAACAAGAAGAAGAAGAAGAACAAGAAGUUGACAGAUUAUAAAAAUAAUAAUUUAAAUUAAUUUAUUUAGGAGUUCACUAUGGCGCUGAAAUUAUGGAAUUGGAAUAUUAAUGGAAUGAAUGACAGGAAAAAAUGAAAUAAAAUCGAACAAUAUUUAAAAAGGAAAAAUUUGGACAUUAUUUGUUUGCAAGAGACACAUGUGGCAAGAAAACACAGGAAAAUGUUGAUUAAUAAAAGAUUAGGAAAUGAAUUCAUAUCUUCUGACAAAGGGAAAAAGAGAGGGGUUGUAUUAUAUGUAAGAAACAAAAUUGAAGCCCAGCAAAUUUUUAAGGAUGAAGAAGGAAGAAUUAUUGCUGUCCAGAUCAAAUGGCAAGGCAAAAAAUUAAUAAUUGUCGGGAUCUAUGCACCUAAUGGAAAUAAGACUGAUUUUUACAAAAAUUUGGAAGAAAGACUGUUUGAAUACAUGGAUCAAAAAAUUAUAGUAAUGGGAGACAUGAAUGGAGUAGUUUCAAUGGAAAUGGACAGGUUAAGAGAUAAAGAAGUUAGCAAAGAAGGAAAACUACCUAAGACUUUCUUUUCGAUGACGAAGAAUUGUAAUUUAAUUGAUAUUUGGAGACUCAGACAUCCACUAGAGAAACAGUUUACAUUUUAUUCGGAACCAAAUCAGUCAAUGUCAAGAAUAGAUCAAAUUUGUGUCUCAAACGAACUAACUCCAAGAAUUCUGCAAAUUGAAAUCCAGCCAAGAGUGAUCUCAGAUCACAGUCCAAUAAAAUUGGAGAUUAAAGGCUAUGAAGAAAAAACAUUUAGAUGGAGAAUUAAUGACUACCUCUUAGAUGACCAAAAAAUUUUACAGGAUGCACAAAAGAAGCUGAUGGAAUAUUUUGUGGACAAUUGUAAUAAAGGUACGAAGAUGAGUACAGUUUGGGAUGCAAGUAAGGCGGUAAUGAGAGGAUUCUUCAUUCAACAGAAUGCAACCAGAAAUAAGCACAGAGAGAAGGGCAAGAAGGAAAUCUUAAAACAAAUAGUGGACAAUGAACAAAAAUUAAUCAAGAAACCUAACAACUCAAAAAUAAAACAAAAUAUCAAAGUUUUGCAAACGCAAUUUGCAAUGAUAAUAAACAAAGAGGUGGAAUGGAACAUUAAAAAGUUAAGACAAAGAAACUUUGAGUUUGCUAAUAAGUCAGGCAAAUGGCUUGCGUGGCAAAUUAAGAAAAGAAAGGAACAAAACACAAUCAGUAAAAUUAUUGUGGAUGGAGAAGAGAUAGAAAACCCUAAAGGCAUCAGAAAAGGAUUCUUGGACUUUUAUAGUCAUUUGUACAGAAAUAGAGAAAAGAAUAAUAUGAGGAAAAUAGAUAUUUAAAAGAAAAAAAGGUGCAAAAGAUCCCGACAGAAAAGAAAGAUAGACUGAACGCCCCAAUUGAGAAUGAGGAAAUAAUAGAGGUCAUAAAAGAAUUUUAAAAAGGAAAGGCUCCGGGACCAGGUGGAUUUACGUCAAGUUAUUAUAAAGAAUUGAGGCAUACCCUGACAGCGCCACUGAAAGAAGUAAUGAAUAACAUCUUGAAGGAAAAAGAUAUUCCAGAAACUUGGAAAGAUGCCUUUAUUUCACUAAUUCCUAAGCAAGAUUCCGAUUUAACACAAGUAAAGAACUACAGGCCGAUUUCAUUGUUGAACACAGACUUUAAAUUUUUUUCAGGAAUAUUAGCAAAAAGAAUGAAAAAGGUUUUGCAAGAAAUUAUUCAUGAAGAUCAAGCAGGCUUUCUUCCAAGCAGACAGAUGAAGGAUAAUGUUAGAAAUAUAAUUAAUACUUUGGAGUAUCUGACUACCAGGAAUGAGAAACAAGCCAUAUUGAUGUUUGUGGAUGCAGAAAAGGCCUUUGAUGAUAUAUCGUGGGAAUUCAUGCUGAAAAAUUUAGAGUAUAUGGAGGUGGGGAAUGAUUUUUAUAAUGGAAUAAGGGCGAUUUAUACAGAACAGAGAGCAAAAUUGAUUGUGAACAAUGUAAUUACGGAAGAAGUAAAGAUAUCGAAAGGUACAAGGCAGGGAUGUCCUCUUUCGCCAUUGCUAUUUAUAACGGUCCUGGAAGUCCUUUUAAGCUCAAUUAGACAAAAUGAAUUAAUAAAAGGGGUGACAGUAGGUCAGAAUGAAUAUAAAGUUAAAGCCUUUGCAGACGUUCUGGUAAUAACGAUAGAAGAUCCAUUAAAAAGUUUAAAUGAGGUGUUGGAGGAGAUUGAGCAAUUUGGUAAAGUGGCUGGGUUUAUAUUAAAUAAGAAAAAAACUAAGGUAUUUGUAAAAAAUAUGGAUCAUAGUGUAAUAGAAACAAUGCAACAAAAAAUAGGGAUCAAAGUGGCGAAGAAAGUAAAAUAUUUGGGAAUAUGGUUAACAUUCAAAAAUAUUGAUUUAUUUCAAAGCAAUUAUAUACUGGUAUGGAAUGGAAUUAAAAAAGAUCUGGAGGUGUGGGGAAAUAUGAAACUCUCCUUUUGGGGUAGAAUUUCAACGAUCAAGAUGAGUGUACUUCCAAAGAUGUUAUUUUUAUUUCAAAUGAUUCCAAUAAUUAAAGGGACAACAAUUUUUAAAGAUUGGCAAAGAGUAAUUUCAAGAUAUAUCUGGCAGGGUAAAAAGCCAAGAAUACAAUUUAAGUUAUUAACAGAUGCGACGGAAAGAGGAGGCUUUGCCCUGCCAGACUUGAAAUUAUACUACGAAGUGUCUUGUCUCUGUUGGUUAAAGGAAUGGAUAAAAUUAAAAAACAAUAAAUUGUUAGAUUUAGAAGGAUUUGAUAACAGAUUUGGAUGGCACACGUAUUUAUGGUUGGAGAAGAAGAAAAGUCAUAAAGGUUUUGAGAACCAUAUCUUCCGGAGAUCUUUAAUAGAAAUAUGGGAUAGGUAUAAAAACCUAUUAGAACCAAAAGUUCCACGCUGGUUGUCUCCAUUAGAGGUUAUGAGUGUUAAGAAAAUUAAUAUGAGAGGGAAUUGGAUCACAUAUGGUGAAUUAAUAAUUAUAAUUUUUAAAAAAAUAUUUUUUAUUAAGGUUUCAAUAAAAAAUUGAACAGAAAAGUCAUAAAAAAGAAAUACACAAAUACACAAUACAAAUCCCAGAAAAAGAGAAAAAACACAAAAAACAAAAAACAACAAAAAAAGAAACAGAACAAUUAAAAACAAUAUCACCUUUUCAUUCCCUUUUUUGAAUUUACUUAUUUUCUGGACUUCCUCAUACCUCCCUCUUUUGUAUUCCAGUCCAAAUUGUUUAUCCAGCAAUUUCUUUUCCACUUUUUUAAUCCCAGUCUUUAAUCUUAGUGUAAUAUAGCAUUAAAAUUUUACCUCUUAAGUACCAAAUUUCCCUUUCCUUUAACUUCUUUACUCCUAAUCUUUAAUCUUGAUGUAAUAUAGCAUUAAAAUUUUACCUCUUAAGUACCAAAUUUCCAUUUCCUUAAACUUCUUUAAUCCUAAUCUUUAAUCUUAGUCUGUCUAUAAUUUUAUCCUGUACAGCUGGAAACCACUUAUUUUCAAUCCAACAUCACUCUAGCAUUCUUUAAUUUUACAGUGUUUCUGUAGGUAGUCUUUGAAUUUCUUCCAAUCUUCCUCCAUUGCCUCUUCUCCCUGGUCACGGAUUCUGCCAGUCAUUCCGCCAGUUCCAUAUCACAUAUGGUGAAUUAAUAAUUAAAGAAGGAGGAAAAUGGGAAAUGAAGCCAUAUGAACAAGUAAAAGAAUAUGUGUUUGAUUGGUUGCAUUAUUUUCAGGUAAAUGAAAUGUUCAAAAAAGAUUUUAAAGAGAGUGGAUAUUCAGAAAAGGAAUCGAAAUUUCAAAUAGAGAUAAUAAAUAAUGAUUAUAAGAUAUUGUCAAAAAUGUACAAAAUGUUGUUGAAAUGGCAUACGAUGGAUGAGGAAGUAAAGUCAGUUAUGAUAAUAAUAAUAAUAAUAAUAAUAAUAAUAAUAAUAAUAAUAUUUAUAUCCCGCUCUCCCCAGCCGAAGCCGGGCUCAGGGCAGCUAACAACAAUCAAAUAAUCAAACAAUCAAAUAAUCCAACAUUCUAAAAACAUUUCAUUAUAAAAAUUAAUUAAAAUCAAAUUAAUGGCAACCGUUGAGCAAAAUUCUGUGCAGGUUGCCAGAGGAGGGAGUCAGGCUGGGCCCUGACCAAAGGCCUGGUGGAACAACUCUGUCUUGCAGGCCUUGCGGAAAGAUGUCAGGUCCUGCAGGGCCCUAGUCUCUUGUGACAGAGCGUUCCACCAGAUUGGAGCCACAGCCGAGAAAGCCCUGGCUCUAGUUGAGGCCAGCCUCAAUGAUAUGCUGGGCCAGAGACUUUGGAUAUAAUAUACAAUUGGAGGAUUGGGAACAAGUAUGGAAUGAAAAUAUAAAAUUUACAGCAUGUACUGCGUUAAAGGAGAAUAUCAUGUAAAUGGUAUAUAGAUGGUAUAUUACACCAGUUAAGUUAGUAAAAAUGUUCAAAACAUGUAAUAAGUGUUGGAAAUGUAAAGAAAAAGAAGGAUCAUUUUAUCAUAUGUGGUGGGAAUGUAAGAAGGUGAAGGGUUUCUGGGAGAUGAUAUAUAAUGAAUUGUAAAAGAUGUUGAAAUAUACAUUUGUAAAGAAACCAGAAGCCUUUCUGUUAGGAAUAACAGGAAGUGAAAUAAACAGAAGGGACUACAAACUUUUCCAAUAUGUAGUUACGGCGGCGAGAAUAUCAAUGGCCCAGAAAUGGAAACAGGAAGAACUACCGACCCUGGAAGAAUGGAGAAUGAAACUUAUGGACUAUGCAGAGUUGGACAAACUAACUGGGAAGAUUAGAUAUCAACGGGAUCACAAGUUCAUCGAGGACUGGGGAAAAUUUACUGAAUAUCUGAAAAGUAUAUGUGAAGAACAAACAACGCUAGUGGGAUUUAAAGAAGUUUUGUGAGAGUUAGAGGAGUAUUGUUAAAAAGGAACUGGAUAGUAAGGGUAUACUAAAAGGCAAUAUUAAAUUUAAAGAAUGCGUAAAGUAUGUAAAAAUAUGGAUGAUUUGCAGAGAAGCUGAUGGAAGUCUAAAAAGCUGAAAUUUGUGAAAAAAAUUUGAUAUAAUGAAUUCGUAUAAUGGAAAAUGCAAUAAAAAUUAUUAUUUUUUUUAAAAAAAGAGUCUCCUCCAGCACCAGAAUUCAAAAGCACCAAUUGUUCGGCGAUCAGCCUUCUUUGUGGUCCAGCUCUCACUUCCAUACAUCACUACUGAGGAAACCAGAGCUUUAACUAUAGGGACCUUUGUUGGCAAGGUGAUGUCUCUGCUUUUUAAGAUGCUGUCUAGGUUUGUCAUCGCUUUUCUCCCAAGAAGCAGGCAUCUUUUAAUUUCGUGACUGCUGUCACCUUCUACUAUUUCUAAGAAGGUUUGCGUCAUUUUGUUUUUUUCUUGAAAAGGCUCUAAUCUGAAAGAAUCACCUGCCACCAGUCGUGUGACCCUUGUAUUACAGUGUUGCAUCAAUAACUCCUGUUAGGCACACAAAAUCUCCCAAACCAUCACCCCAUCUUGUACUCCUUGUUCAAAAAUAUUAUUUCUCCAUCCUCCAGAGGAUUCGGCUAAUAACUUCCCGGAAACGUUAACUAAUGGCACACAACUAAACCACUUUGCUUUGAAUGAGAUAGCCAUCUCCACAAAUCUGAAGCACAAAUCACAUGGAAGAUGGAGCAAGCUUGCUUUCUGCUGCUCUGCAGUGGAGGACCUGAACCAGUAGACUCAGAUGAUAAGAAAGGAGAUUCUGACUCAACAUUAGGAAGAACUUUCUGGCGGUAAGAGCUGUUUGGCAAAGGAACAGACUCCCUGGUGGACUCUGGUUCCUUUGAGCUUUUUAAACAGAGCUUGGAUGGCGACCUCUCAUGAAUGCUUCAGUUGUGAUUUCUGUGUGGCAAGGGUUUGGACUAGAGGACUAUUGGAGAACUUUCUUCUUCCACAAUUCUACUAUUCCAUCAGUAUCCAUGUUCGCCCUGCUUUCCUCAGAUCCCUUUUGCUUGUCAGAUGCACUCUUCGGGAGCCUGUACUUUGCAUUGGGGCAUUUGGCUUUAAGAAAAAGAUGGAAAGUUUCGGUGGUGGAACCGAAAAAAAGACUGAGGACCUUGGGUCCACUUCUACAGUCUAUUUUGUGCUGAGCAGUAAGAAGCUUACACACAACCUUUCUGUCACCACCACCAUUUACUACCAUUGGUGAAUAUGCUGGUUCUUCCAAUAGCCUCAGAAGAUUACUAUGAACGUUAUCUGCAUUACUAAAAUCAGAAAUAUUUCCAUUAAACCUAAUAGGCAGGUUGUGGUGUUUUUUAAGAAGACAGUCUGUCUUGUUGCAGGCUGCUAGUUUAUUAAAUGUGCGUUUCUUUGGCUUAUUCCAAGAAACUGGUCACCUGACCGUGAAGUUGUUUUAUGCCUUCUGGUACAUGGAGAAAUUUCCUUAUGGAAUCAAGUAUCUGAGCAAUGAGCAAAAGAUUGCAGAUAACCACGACUAUUGCAAUGAUGUCCGUCCACCUGAUGGAAUCCUGGGUUGGGUUCUGAGUCGCUUCGGUGCAUGUUCAGGAAAUAUAAUGGAAGGCGGAAAAUGUUAUCUACAUGCAUACAUGCUCCACCAGAACCUCUGCUUUUUAAUGCAAAUUUGUUUGUGCUUCUUGUCAUGUCCAUUCCUUUCUGCAAUCAAAUAGCGCAGAGAUACUUCACAUUUUGCAUAAAAGUAAUAGAUGUUUUAGUCACUCUGGCAAGCUAAGCGGAGGCAGGCCCACAGAGACGAGUAAAUAACUCUCACAAGUUGCUCCGAAGGGAACCAAGUCCACAAAGGUAACUCUGGGUCAAUGGUUCCCAAAGUGGGCAGCAGCACCCUUUGUGGUGGGCAGUGGGAUUACCUUGAGGGGGUUCAAAGAGGAACGAGGGGUGCAGGGGGGCGCUGAAGCCUAGUGAAUUCAAACCAGACAAUGGGAAACUUGCAUCACUUCAUGAAGCCCUUCGAUCGCAUUGAGAAUCUCAAUCUCUUAAAAAAAGAAAAGAAAAGAAUUGACUGAAUGGAAAAGUUGUUUUGAAUAUGCGUUGUCUCUGCUUUUUUUGGCAGUAUUCUUUUACAGCUUCCUUCCAUAAAAAUAAUAACAAUAAUUUAUUAUGUAUUUAUUUAUUACUUAGAGAAAAAUAACUACCAAACUUUUAGAAGACAUAUGAAGGCAGCCCUGUUUAGGGAAGCUUUUAAUGUUUAAUAGGUUAUUGUAUUUUGGUGUUCUGUUGGAAGUCACCCAGAUGGGCGGGGUAUACAUAAUAAAUUAUUAUUAUUAUUAUUAUUAUUAUUAUUAUUAUUAUUAUACCCCACCGAUCGGGCUGGGUUUCCCCAGCCCCUCCAUGCAGCUUCCAACAAAAGGUUAAGAAUACAUUAAAACAUCAGUCAUUCAAAACUUCCCCAAGCAGGGCUGGCUUCAGAUAUCUUCUAAAUGUCAGAUAGUUGUUUAUCUCCUUAACAUCUGAUGAGAGGGUGUUCCAUGGGGCAGGUGCCACCACCAAGAACGCCCUCUGCCUGGUUCCCUUUAACCUCACUUCUCGCAGGUAGGGAACCGCCAGAAGACCCUCGGAGCUGGACCUCAGGGCUGAAUGAUGUGGGUGGAGACGCUCCUUCAGGUAUACUGGGCCGAGGCUGUUUCGGGCUUUCAAGGUCAGCACCAACACUUUGAAUUGUGCUCAGAAACGUACUGGAAGCUAAUGCUGGUCUUUCAAGACUGGUGUUUUGUGGUCUCGGCAGCCGCUUCCAUUCACCAUUCUAGCUGCCACAUUUAAAGCAGAGCAUGAAUGCCUAAAGCUUUUGCUAAUGCAGAUGCUUUUGGGUUCAGAAGUGGGAAACCAGAGCUUUAACUAUAGGGACCUUUGUUGGCAAGGUGAUGUCUCUGCUUUUUAAGAUGCUGUCUAGGUUUGUCAUCGCUUUUCUCCCAAGAAGCAGGCGUCUUUUAAUUUUGCGACUGCUGUCACCUUCUACUAUUUCUAAGAAGGUUUGCGUCAUUUUGUUUUUUUCUUGAAAAGGCUCUAAUCUGAAAGAAUCACCUGCCACCAGUCGUGUGACCCUUGUAUUACAGUGUUGCAUCAAUAACUCCUGUUAGGCACACAAAAUCUCCCAAACCAUCACCCCAUCUUGUACUCCUUGUUCAAAAAUAUUAUUUCUCCAUCCUCCAGAGGAUUUGGCUAAUAACAAGGGUCUGGAAUAACAAGGGUCUGUGCGCACCAGGCUUCAGGAAGCUCUCCGCAAGCCUUGGGAGCUCGCGGGAGUUCCCGUCAGGCUCCCUAGGCUGCUUGCGGAUAGCAGCCUGCAUCUUGAAGCCCGGGACACGCUGCACAGCGCGCCCUGGGCUUCGGUUCCCCGACCUGGUUUGGAGGCUGGCGGUGGGGAGAAGCGCGCUUCUCCCAGCCACCAGCCCCACAAGCUCGGGGGACAGCGGGAUGGCAGUGGUCCGCCUCCCCACUGUCCCCCGAGCUUGUGGGACAGUGGGGAGGCACAGCUCGGGGGUCAGCGGGGAGCCACAGCGCGCCAACCCGCUGUUCCCCGACCUGGUUUGGGCUUCAGGCAGAUAUCCGCCCGGGGGUGGGGAAAACUAGGUGCGUCCUAUGGGUCGGUGCGCCCUAUGGAGUGAAAAAUACGGUAUUUUGUGCUGAGCAGUAAGAAUCUUUCACACAACCUUUCUGUCACCACCACCAUUUACCACCAUUGGUGAAUAUGCUGGUUCUUCCAAUAGCCUCAGAAGAUUACUAUGAACGUUAUCUGCUUUACUAAAAUCAGAAAUAUUUCCAUUAAACCUACUAGGCAGGUUGUGGUGUUUUUUAAGGCUACUGCCAAGACAGUCUGUCUUCUGCAGGCUGCUAGUUUAUUAAAUGUGCGUUUCUUUGGCUUAUUCCAAGAAACUGGUCACCUGACCAUGAAGUUGUUUUAUGCCUUCUGGUACAUGGAGAAAUUUCCUUAUGGAAUAAAGUAUCUGAGCAAUGAGCAAAAGAUUGCAGAUAACCACGACUAUUGCAAUGAUGUCCGUCCACCUGAUGGAAUCCUGGGUUGGGUUCUGAGUCGCUUCGGUGCAUGUUCAGGAAAUAUAAUGGAAGGCGGAAAAUGUUAUCUACAUGCAUACACAUGUUCCACCAGAACCUCUGCUUUUUAAUGCAAAUUUGUUUGUGCUUCUUGUCAUGUCCAUUCCUUUCGGAGAUCAAAUAGCGCAGAGAUACUUCACAUCUUGCAUAAAUGUAACAGAUGUUUUAGUCACUCUGGCAAGCUAAGCGAAGGCAGGCCCACAGAGACGAGUAAAUAACUCUCACAAGUUGCUCCGAAGGGAACCAAGUCCACAAAGGUAACUCUGGGUCAAUGGUUCCCAAAGUGGGCAGCAGCACCCUUUGUGGUGGGCAGUGGGAUUUCCUUGAGGGGGUUCAAAGAGGAACGAGGGGUGCAGGGGGGCGCUGAAGCCUAGUGAAUUCAAACCAGACAAUGGGAAACUUGCAUGACUUCAUGAAGCCCAUCCAUUGCAUUAAGAAUCGACUGAAUGGAGAAGUUGUUUUGAAUAUGGGAUCUCUCUGGUCUUUCGGCAGUAUUCUUUUACAGCUUCCAUAAUAACAAUAAUAAUAAUAAUAAUAAUAAUAAUAAUAAUAAUAAUUUAUUACUUAUUUAUUUAUUAAUUAGAGGAAAAAACCUACCAAACUUUUAGAAGACAUCUGAAGACAGCACUGUUUAGGGAAGCUUUUAAUGUUUAAUAGGUUAUUGUAUUUUGGUGUUCUGUUGGAAGUCACCCAGAGUGGCUGGGGAAACCCAGCCAGAUGGGCAGGGUAUAAAUAAUAAAUUAUUAUUAUUAUUAUUAUUAUUAUUAUUAUUAUUAUUAUACCCCGCCCAUCUGGCUGGGUUUCCCCAGCCACUCUGGGCAGCUUCCAACAAAAGAUUAAAAAUACCGUAAUACAUCAAACAUUAAAAGCUUCCCUAAACAGGGCUGCCUUCAGAUGUCUUCUAAGUGUCAGAUUGUUGUUUAUCUCCUUAACAUCUGAUGGGAGGGCGUUCCACAGGGCGGGCGCCACCAUCAAGAAGGCCUUCUGCCUGGUUCCCUGUAACCUCACUUCUCGCAGGGAGGGAACCGCCAGAAGACCCUCGGAGCUGGACCUCAGGGCUGAAUGAUGGGGGUGGAGUCGCUCCUUCAGGUCUACUGGACCGAGGCCGUUUCGGGCUUUCAAGGUCAGCACCAACACUUUGAAUUGUGCUCAGAAACGUACUGGGAGCUAAUGCUGGUCUUUCAAGACUGGCGUCAUAUGUUCUCGGCGGCCGCUCCCAGUCACCAGUCUAGCUGCCACAUUUAAAGCAGAACAUGAAUGCCUAAAGCUUUUGCUGAUGCAGAUGCUUUUGGGUUCAGAAGUGGGAAAUUGUUCCAUGGAGUUAUCUGCCUAUCUACCUUUUCAUUUUGUUCUUUCCUGGCAGGUAAAGAUGGGACCAGGUGCUUCCUUCCAUCUUCCCCUUCUGAGCUUCCUAGUCAUCUCCUUUCUUCAAGGUACAUCCUGGAUGGGCUCCUAUGGUGUUGGCCCCCAGCUUGAGGACUCCUUCAUGCUUGCAUCACCGAUGACACUAACUGGUAGCUUAGUAUGACAUGAACAAGCCUCGUCUUCACCAAGGCCAACUAUCCAGACUGGUCCUACAUGGGCCAGAAAAAAGCCAGGGAAGUCCCCAAAUAGGAAUUCUAUCACAGAAGGAGAAAGGAAAAAGAAGAGGGGGAGGGAAUCAAAUUGAUUCCAAGCCGAACGGGCAUAACGGGAGAGGCGGUCCCAUAGGUACGAGGGUCCUAGGCCAUAAUAAAAGAAGUUCCCUUUUCAUGCAGCACAUAUUUAAACUAUAGAACUUGCUCCUUCAGGAAGCAGCAAUGGCCACCAAUUUGGGUGGCUUUAAAAGAGGAUCGGGCCAAUUCAUGGAGGAGAAGAGGGCUAGCAAUGGCUGCUAGCAAUGAUGCCUAAGCCUCCACAGUUGGUGGAAGCAAUGCUUCUGAAUACCACUUGCUGGAAAUUGCAGGAGGGGAGAAGCCUCCUGUGCUUGAAUCCUGCUUUGAGGUUUCCCACAGGCAUGUGGUUGGCUACUGUGAGAGCAGGAGGUGUCAGAACCGGGGAUGAAAAGCCAGCUGGCUCGGACCCAGCUGGAGCGUCUCCCCUCUCAGCCUUGCCACUGCGGAGAUCCAUCAGUCAUCCUCCUCUGACGUGUGUCUGCGACUCAAGCUGCAGUGCACACAUUACUCAGCGGUGUAAACUGCACAACAGAUCAGGCCCAAGGCGUGGAUACGAUACUAAACUACGCAUUUAUUAUACAUAAAUCAGGACAAAGAAAACGUGGCUUCUCUCCUUGCCGUUCUUCUCGGAGAGAGAAAACAAAAGCAAUACGGAGCGGAAGUUCCGCUCACGCCAACAAUCUGUGCUGGAAUGUAAACAGACAUGUGACAUGUAACAAUCCACAUAUCUGCAGCAAAGGGUGGAAUGGAAUUCCCAACAGGAGGAUGGACUAGUUCGGUGGCCUAAUCCAGCAGGCUCUUCUUAAUAGGAAAAUGUGGGACAUUCACUAGAGAAAUUUGGGGUGGGUUAUGUUUGGAAAAGUUCUGUAGUCACCACUAGAGUCUUUGAGUUCAACAUUUUGCUGGUGAAAGUCCAUCAGCCUCCAGCCAAAAAACUUCCCCUCUUUUCCCCUCAGCUGUUGGCUUCAGCCUUCACUGGUCUUCCAUUAAAGGCAACCUUCCAUUAAAGGUCUACUGCCCCCUAUUUAUGCCCUGAGUGGAUUUCCCCACCUGCAGGAAACGGUUGUAUUUCUGUAUUCUGAUCCACGAAGCCAAGCUCUCUUGACCACAGCUCAUGUUUUCCCUCUUCUCUAGCCACCUCAGCAGGUUCUUCCUGCCCCACUGGCUGGAUGUUCUUUGAGAAAAGCUGCUACGGACUCUUCAACCAGGUUCCCCUGAAGUUUACAGAGGCAGAGGUAAGGAGCAGGCCUGGGCCAAACCAGGGGGCACAGUCUGAGAAUGCUUAUUCCCCCUCUUUUUCUGCAAUAAUCUAGCAAGCUUUAAACGGUGAGCGUUUUCCACAUGUACCCAUGGUAGGCUGGCCACGAGGGCAAGGUGGGGCAGAGCCCUACCAGUAUAGUUUGGCAAUACUUCAAGGCUCACCCAGACUUCUGCUGUUCUGCAGCAGCCCCGAUCUUAUGCACUGAAUUGAAUCUUAUCAGGUCUUGUGGAAAAUCCAAAGGAAUUUUGCUUAAGCAAGUUUCAGUUCUGCAGGUGUCCUAGGUACUAAGUCAGAACUCUGCCCACUACUUCACACUUGAUUUGUUUGACUGCUCUAUCCUAAUAGCAUGUCAAUAAUAAUAAUAAUAAUAAUAAUAAUAAUAAUAAUAAUAAUUGUACCUUGCCCAUCUGGCUGGGUUGCAACAUAUGUAUAGCUUCCAACAUACCGUAUUUUUCACUCUAUAGGACACACUUUUUCCCUUCCAAAAAUGAAGGGGAAAUGUGUGUGCAUCCUAUGGAGCGAAUGCAGGCUCCUUGGCUUCAGCGAUAGCAACGCAAGCCUCCAAGCGCAGAGGAGCGCUCCCUCCGCGCUCUGGAGGCUUUGCGUUGCUUUCACUGAAGCCUGGAGACCGAGAGGGGUUGGUGCGCACCGACCCCUCUCGCUCUCCAGGCUUCAGGGAUAGCCGCCUGAAACCUUUGGAGCGCAGCGGGAACUCGCGCCGCACUCCGAAGGCUUCGGGUUCCUUUUGCUGAAGCCGGGAGAGCUGCGCAGCGUCCCUUCAGCAAAGCGGGAGGAGAAAUGGAAGGGGCUCAGUUUCUCCUGCCGCUUCGCUGAAGGGGUGCUGAGCAGAGAGGGGGAGAAUUCCCCCCCCCCCCGUUCUCCCCCUCCUAUGGUCCGGUGCGUCCUAUAGAGCGAAAAAUACAGUAUAUAAAAGCAUAAUAAACAUUAAGUGUUCAAAAACUUCCUUCAGAUGUUUUCUAAAAGUUGUGUAUUUCUUUAUCUCCUUGAAAUCUGCUGGGAGGGCGUUCCACAGCACGGGCGCCACCACCAAGAAGGCCCUCUGCUUGUUUCCCUGUAAUCUCACUUCUUGCAGUGAGGGAACCACCAGAAGGCCUUCGGAGCUGGAUUUCAGGGUCUGGGCUGGACAAUGGGGGUGGAGAUGCUCCUUCAGGUAUACAGGGCUGAAGCUGUUUAGGGCUCCUCAUCCAUGUGGUGUGACAUCAUCAGCACAUCAAACAUUUCUCUCCCUUCCACCUGCAGCAGCCAAUGGUGUGGCAGGGAGCGGGUGGGGAAGACAUGGCAUGAUGACAUCACUCCGGUCAAGGAUAAGUCAAGCUGCCAGUUACAAGGCAGGAGGGAGCUGUAAAUUAGGGUUCCCCUGUGCCAGUUUUCCUGCCUUCUGCUUACACCCUUCCUCUUGGGGAGCAAGAAUGCUGGUUUGGAGAAGAAAAAGAUAAAUGUCUCCUCUUACUGCUCAGAGUUGCACAAUGACUGAGAAGCCUGCUGAGAUGUUCAACCCAAUUCAAGUGGCAUCUCCUGCUCUCUAAAGUGAAACCUUUUGUCCGUGAUCUCUCCCAGAAGCAGUGCCAAUCUUCUGGGGGAAAUGGCCACCUGGCCUCCAUCAUGAAUGGUCAAGAAAUGUCUGUAGUGGCUGCAUAUGUCAAAGACCUCUAUAAAGCUGGGAAACCUGUCUGGAUUGGACUGCACUCCUACGACCUUCCGAAGGUCAGUAGAAGCAACCUUGGCUUCUCCUUUCUAUCAGUAUUCUGAAUGCGGGAACUGCAGUCUAUCUAAGGUCUAUAUUGCUUGUUUUAUGUUGCCAUGGCCGUUGGCUAGUGCGAAUAAAGUUUACCUUAUCUAAGGUGUAGCUGUAGAGCAGGAAGACGGCAUUGUGCCCACCUGCUUCUCCUAAGAAGAAUCUGCUGGAUCUGGUCAAUGGCCCAAUUAGUCUAGCAUCCAUCUAGCCCAGAUGCCUGGGAGAAACGUGUUAGCAGGAUUCAAGCACAAGGGCCCUUUCCCUUCCUGUGGUUUCCAGCAACUGGGAUCCAGAAGCUUUGCUACCUCCAACAGUGGAGGCAGAACAUAGCCAUCCUGGCUAGGAGAAGCCCUCUCCUCCAGAAUUGAGGAGCCUCACUUUUCUCCAGAAGCACCUCCUCACUGCCUGAGCAGGUCCCUCCACCACCAAUGGGCGCAGUGUUAAGUUUAGGGGAGGAGAGAGUUGUUGCUUAUUCCUCGGCAAAGAGUCCCACCUCUUUGAUCUUUCUACAGAGCAAAGCAUGGAAAUGGACCGAUUCCUCCGUAGUCUCCUAUCACAACUGGGCACCUGGGCAGCCCUCACAAGCCAGUGGGGAUGAGCUGUGUGUCGAGCUGAUGGCAGGAGGUGAGGUGGAGGCGUCACAAUUUGCAUCCAGGAGCAGGUGCUUUAAGGCAGGGGUCAGCAAACCUUUUCAGCAGGGGGCCGGUCCACUGUUCCUCAGACCUUGUGGGGAGCCAGACUAUAUUUUGGGGAAGAAGAAAAAAAGAACAAAUUCUUAUGCCCCACAAAUAACCCAAAUAAAAAGGACACAUUCUACUCAUGUAAAAACACACUGAUUCCCAGACCGUCUUCAGGCCGGAUUUAGAAGGCGAUUGGGCCGGAUCCAGCCCCCAGGCCUUAGUUUGCCUACCCAUGCUUUAAGGUAUAUUGAGGUGAGAAUGAUCCAUUGUUUGGAGGAAUAAAAUGGUUAUUGGCAGACCUCUAAGAAGCCAUGAUCCCUAUGUUAUGUUAUAAGGUCUUAUAUAUAAAAAAAUAAAAGUUCAUAAAUGUACAAGGCGAACACAUACAUAAGUAUAUAAACCACAUGUCUGAAACAGUGCAGGAGAACAAUCUUGGAGCCAUUUUGACUCUCCCAAAUUCACCUCAAAUAUUUCUCUGCAAGGAGGAAGGAAAUGGGUUAGGGUUGGGGUUAGGGUUAGGGUUUUUCAAUUGUCUUUGGACUGUAGGGGCUUACAUCUUUCUGUAAAUACACUCUGGCAAGUAUCUGUUAAGCUGAGCACACUAUCAAUAUGUGUAGAAGAUUCAGGAAAUACUGGUAAGUAUUUACCAUCUCCAAGGACUGGCCAGGCUACCCAGAAAAGGCAAUCAGAUAAUAAGGCAUGAUCAGGCAGACAGGAGAGAAGCAACACACUCAAAUUUCUGCUGGUGAUGUUUGUAUGAUGUUUUGGGGGGUGGUCUCUGGCUACAGGGUGGGCAAUUUCCGAAGUCUAUAUAAGGGCUUGUGCACCAUUGUUCUGGGUUCCUCUCCUCCCUUCCUGAGUGGAAUGAGUGGGGGACCCUGUUGCAACAGCUUUAAUAAACAUCAGGCUUACUAGCUGCUUUGCUUCUCAAUAUUCUCUGGUUGGCCUCUGUUAUUUUCUCCUACUGAUAGAGAACCCACAUUGGGACUUUACACGGGCUCUUGGAUACCCCAUAAGGGGAAAAGGAGCAGGUUUUCUUCCUUAUAACACCUACCACACACUUACAACUAAAGAUGGACACAUCACUCCAUGGAGGUUAGAUGCGAGGAUCUUCAAUAAUAGCCAAACAGUAAAUACCGGAUUUUUCGCCCUAUAGGACGCACUUUUCCCCCUCCAAAAAUGAAGGGGAAAUGUGUGUGCGUCCUAUGGGGCGAAUGCAGGCUUUCGCUGAAGCCUGGAGAGCGAGAGGGGUCAAUGCGCACCGACCCCUCUCCCUCUCCAGGCUUCAGGAAGCUAUCCGCAAGCCGUGGGAGCCCACAGGAGUUCCCCUGGGCUCCCACGGCUUGGGCAGAGCUGCCUGCACCCCGAAGCCCCAGCGCUCGGAGCAGUCGCGCCGGGGCUUCGGGUAGCUCUGCGCAAGCCGCGGGAGAGCUCCCCCGGCUUGUGCAGAGCUGCCUCUCAUCCCGAAGCCCCAGCACGCUCAGCAGUUGUGCCGGGGCUUCGGGUAGCUCUGUGCAAGCCGCGGGAGGGCUCCCACGGCUUGCGGAGAGCAGCCUGUUCUGGGGGCUGGGGUCAGGGGAAGCUCGGGCUCACACCUUGGGGGGGGGGGGGGAAAUAAUUUUUUUUCUUUAUUUCCCCUCCAAAAAACUAGGUGCGCCUUAUGGGCCGGUGCGCCCUAUGGUGCGAAAAAUACGGUAAGAUAAGUGUCAGAGACGUCCCCUCCCAGAGCCACAGCGAGGACUCUGAGGAGGAGGGGUGGCAGGCCAGGGAAAAUAGAGGCUUGCUUCAAGCCCCUCCAAUCCAGGAAUACAGGCUAGAAAUUCCCAAGAUUAGGCCAGGCGGAGACAGGCCAGGCUUCAGAGGAAUUGCAGCUUUUAGACAUCACUCAGAGGAGGGUAGAGAUUACCGUAUUUUUUGCUCUAUAGGACGCACUUUUCCUCCUCCAAAAAUGAAGGGGAAACGUGUGUGUGUCUUAUGGAGCGAAUGCAGGCUUUCGCUGAAGCCUGGAGAGUGAGGGGGGUCUGUGCGCACCGACCCCUCUUGCUCUCCAGGCUUCGGGAAGCUAUCCGCCAGGCUCUGCAGGCUUGCGGAUAGCUGUCUGCAGCCCGAAGCCUGGGGAGUGCGGCGCCGCGCACCCUGGGCUUCGGGCAGCUAUCCGCAAGCCUUCGGAGCCCGGCGGGAAUUCCCGCCGGGCAGAAGGCUUGCGGAUAGCGGCAAGCUCCGGGAGCGAAGACGAGGUUGCAUGCAACCUCACCCCAGUUCACAGACUCUUUCUGGGGGCUGGGGUUGGGGGAAGCUCAGGCUUCCCCCAUCCCCAGCCCGGCAAGCUCAGGGAGCGAUGGCGAGGUAGAGCGCAACCUCACCGGCGCUCCCGGACCCGUUCUGGGGGCUGGGGAAGCUCGGGCUCCCCCCGCCUCAGCCCCGCGGCUAAAAAGGAAGCCAAGACAGUGAGCGGGAUCCAUUCCCCUCGCUGUCUUGGCUUCUGCCAAAGCCAUGCACAGCCUCUGGGGGCUGGGGGAAAAAUAAUUCCCCCCUUUAUUUCCCCCCAAAAAAACUAGGUGCACCCUAUUGUCCGGUGCGCCCUAUAGAGUGAAAAAUACGGUAAUUCAGAGAAGGAGGGACAGGCUGUUCCCAAGUCCCCAUGGGCUAGCAGAAGGGGCAGAGUUGUAAGGUUGUAAGGUGCAGGCUGGAAAUUUCCAAGAUAGCAUAGGUCAGAUGGAGAAAGGCCAGGCUUCAGAGGAACUGCAGCUUUUAGACAUCACUCAGAGGAGGGUAGAGACUAAUUCAGGAACGUAGGGACAUGCUGUUCCCAAGUCCUCAUGGGCUAGCAGAAGGGGCAGAGUCCAGGCUUAGCAUCAGGCCAACAGGAGGUAAGUCGGCCGAUGGAGUAUGUCCUGUUGGCGAAAAUCCUGUCCUUCAGUUGGCUCAACGUCUUCACCAGAGGACUAGAGCUGGGGAGCUCGGAAUGUAACUACUGUGUAAAUACUAAUAAAUCUAAUCACAAUUAAACCGUCAGCUUGCCGCGUUCUUGGCAGGGGGGAGAGACGUCUGGAAUCCUGAGAAUAGGGAAAAAAUUAUUAGACAUAAGGCAAAUUAAUGAGAAAGGGCAAAGUACUCAAGCAAUAAUAUGGGAUACAAUGAAAGCAGUGAUGAGGGGAAUUAGUAUUAGGGAAUCCAGUAAAAUGAGGGGGUGGGGUGGGGACAAAAAGAAGAAAUGUAAAAGUUAGGGGAAGAAAUUAGGACACUGGAAAACCAAUGUAUUAAUGAUAAAGAUAAAAGUUUUUUGUCCUUUUGUUUCUUUCUUCUUUAAGUAUAUAAACGUUGCAUACAUGCUGAAAAUUAUACUAUAAUAAGCCUUGUGAUGCAAUAUGAUAAUGUUUACCGAUGCAACAUAAGAACUUUAAUAAAUAAAUAAAACUGCAAAAAUAAUAAUAUGAGUUUCAUCAUCAUCAUCAUCAUCCGCCCAUCUGGCUGGGUUUCCAGCUGAAAGUUCAACAGACAGACCAUUCAUAUAUCUGCAGACUACUCUGUAAAUUUUGAACUGAGAAGGGGCAAUAGAAAAGUUUCAUGUAAAUAAAAAACCUCUUUUCUUCCAGAUUAUUUAACAUGGAAAGCUGCGCCAUGUACAGGGAAGCAUCCCUUCCUGUGCAGAGCUCCUUUGGAGAAGAAAGGUUAAAUCAGGAUUCCAACAUGUCCAGAAUCAUGGAGAGAUGGAAAUGUCCCAGAGGAGAGGUCCUUCCUUCCCAACAGCACAAGUCACCCAGUGUCCUGGCCCCCCAGAGUGCCUGAGGUUAAAUGUCGUCUGUUCUGGGCUGCGUUGAUACCAAUAAACUCUCUCUUCUGAGUACACGUGG